AUGUAUGAAUGUCUCUUCGGGUUCACUCCUUUUGCAUGCGAGGAUCGCCAUCAAACCAAGCUCAAAAUCCUGCAGCACAAGAAAACUCUGCUGUUUCCCGAGAUCGAGACGGUCGCCGGGCCAAGUAUCGAGGCCAUGGAUCUGAUGAUGCAAAUCCUCGUUGAAAAGGAGAAGCGACUCUGCAGUCGUCAGUACGAGCUCAAUGACUUCACUCGGAAGAUUGUGCGUGGUCGGGUAGUCCGGUGCACAGCGGACAAGACCCAUCAGAACUAUCAAGGUUACUUUGUCUACCCCGGCGAUGCCGAAGACAUCAAGCGCCAUGCGUUCUUCCGGGACAUCGACUGGGAUACAGUCCAUCUCCGACGGCCACCCUUUGUGCCCCGCGUCCGAGAUUGGGAAGACACCAAAUACUUUGACGAUGAAGAGCCGAUUUCAGACAUUGACAGCGCCACCACUUUGGACGAUGAAGAGGUGGGAGUGGGCAGUGAGAACCUAGAACCUGAUGGUCCCAGGCAACUCCUCUGUCCACAUCCCGCCGCCACAAGCUCACAACUGAGCCACCACCAAGAAGGCCAGAAUAUUGUGCCGUCGAGAGCGAUCAAGCUCCCGCACACAGGUUUCCCCGGACUCAAACUCGGUUUACCGCGAAAAGACAGCAUGGAUGACUUGAGAAAUCCGCUGUUGGAACCCCGGGAUCUGGAGGCACCGCUCAUUAAUGGUGGUCCAAGUCCAGCAAUUACGUUGGUGGAGAACGGAAUUCAUGUUGAUGGGCCAACCGAGACUGUCGCUGCCGCCUGGGCGAAGUCAGCUCCCAGGAAAAAGGAGAGAAAGCGUCCUAGAGACAUGAUAUUGAGGGACCCAAUCACCGGGUCUGAAGCGUUGGAGAUUCGCAAAGCCAGUGCCUUUCUUGGCUACGACUAUCGCCAACCGAUCCUGGUGAAGGAGAUCGUCGAGCAGAUCAUGGCCGAAGACUUCGCAAGCAGUAGACCAAAGGACAACCGGUUUGGGAUGGACCAUGGAGACCUCGAUUUGAUCUCCGAGAAACGGAUGUUUGUUGAGGCGGGAGGACAACUGUCACCUGGUCGAAGGACUCCAGGACUGCUGUGA